AUGUCACUUCCUCGAGAGUUCAUCUUUAAUCAGGAGCUGUCAAAGUUGGACGGGCAGGUGUUGGGGACGUCGGCCCCGCCAGCCUCUGCCACCCUGUCAUGUUCCAUCGACCUGCAAAGUGACACCAUCGCUGAGGCGUCCCUGUCACCCGACAAGGCGGGCUCCCUGUUAUCAGUGCAGUCAGCCCCGCCGGAACAGCGGGAGAGGCCUGUCAGUUUGCUCCUAGAGCUGCCAUUAGCCACGCAAGUUGGUGCCUAUCUAUCUGCUAUGUCGCCUACCGAGCAAGAAGAGGAUUCCCUCUUGACUCUCUCGUCGGUGACAGCCCGGCCGCUCCUGGCAGCGUCCAGGAAACUCAGACCUGCCGCCGACUCCAAUGCAUCUGACAUCACUGGCCCGCCAGACGGCGGGUAUGGUUGGGUGGUGGUGUUCGGAGCGUUCAUGGUUCAGUUCUGGGUGGCGGGGCUGUUCAAAUCGUACGGUGUGCUGUACGUGGAGAUAAUGGAGACAUUCCCCGACUCCUCGGAGUCAGUGGCGUCAUGGAUUCCGGCGGCGUUGUCGACGCUGUGCUUAGCCCUUGCUCCUCUCUCAUCUGCGCUGUGUGAGAAAUACUCUUGCCGGUUGGUCGUGUUCAUAGGAGGCCUGUUCUGCGCCGCGGGGCUAGCCCUCUCGUACUUCAGCACGGGGUUGCUGCAUCUACUGCUGAGUUUCGGAGUCAUGACUGGCAUUGGAGGAGGCCUCUCCACGACUCCUGGCAUUGUCAUAGUGUCUCAGUAUUUUGACAAACACAGAGCGCUCGCGAACGGUAUAUGUGUGAGCGGGACGGCUGCUGGGAGCUUCGUAUUCCCGAUGCUGAUCGAGAAACUGGUCGAUAUGUACGGGUUGCAUGGAACUGUUUUGUUGCUGGGAGGUGGAAUGCUGCAUGUCUGUGUGUCUGCUACACUAUAUCGCCCGCCUCCAACGGUGAGGGAUCGAAGUACCCCAGUCACCACCACCACCACGGAAAACACCACAUUAUUGCAGGACAUUCAAGAAGGAAAAAUGGAGCCGAUUAAGGAUAAUAGGCUGCAGAACUUGUUCCAACAUGAUUCUGAGCUGACACUGCAAAAAAACCUAUAUAAUGAGGACAAGCGGACCAAUUUGUUUUCGGAGAUCAUUCACCCUAGCUUGAUUGAGGUAAUCCAUCAAUCUCGUCCUCCGUUGCAGCAUUCCGACUCUGAAGAUUCAGAAGGGUUGGACGUACUUGGUGUUGUUGGGUUACCAAAAGAAGUGGCUCGUCUGCGCCUGCGCCCGACUCGGUCGUCCUCCAUCUUGCACUCGGUUGAGGACCUGUCAACUGACAGCACAUGCGUCUACAAGGCGAGCCGGAGAAAAAUUAGCAGAUCGCUAUACAUCAAGCCGCCUCUCCCCAGCCGUCUGAUCCAGAAUAAGCUGUCAGAGCCUGUCAUAGCCAAAACAGAACAAGAGAUACCUAAAGUGGAGGUUGAAGAGAAAAAAGGAUGUAUACAGACUAUAUCAAGAUACUUAGACGUGUCACUGUUAAAAUCCUGGCGUUUUGGUCUACUCUGCGCGUCCGUCGCUCUGAUGUCGUGUGGUUCCCCGUACGCCUUGUAUUAUUUACCAGCUUAUACAGUCGCUGUAGGACAUACGAAGGCCGCUGCAGGACGUUUGGUUGCGAUCAGUGCAGUGUUGGAUUUGUGUGGCCGACUCGGUCUUGGCUGGUUGUGCGAUCUCCAUUUGUUCUGUAGAAGAAAGGCGUACAUUGUCAGUAUACUGGUAGCUGGAGUUGCUGUCUUGACAUUACCAAGUUUGACCUCAUGGUGGUCGCUAGCGAUCGCAUCAGGUGCAUACGGCCUCUGCCUCGGAUGCUGGUUCCUGCUGGUUCCCGUGUUACUAGCUGACGCCUUCGGCACCGCUCGCAUCGCCUCGUCCUACGGUCUAGUCAGAAUGUUUCAGAGCGUCGCCGCUGUCUCUGUGCCGCCUACCGCCGGUCUUCUUCGUGACGUCACCGGUGGAUACUCGUGGUGUUUCUACGGCAUGGGCUCGUGCAUGGUCCUAGGUUCAAUUCCCGUCAUAGCCUUCCACGUGUGCACUAAAAACGAUGAUUCUGAAUCGUCGGAUGAUUGAACAUCGUUACAUACCGGUUUUGUCAGACAAACCUUUUGGAUAAAAAAAAAAACACUUAUUUUGAAAAACGAAUUCCAUUUUCAAUAUUUCAAAAAAUUUGAAAAAGGAUUUUGUUGAAC